AUGUUGGCAACGUGGCUUCUCGUGGUGGCCGUCGGGUGGGCUGUCACGUACUCGGUGCUUUUCACAGCAUCCCAGGGCAAUGCCAACAUUGACAGGAACACCUUGCACGUUCUGCCUGCAUUUGUGUCGAAGGAAUUCACGUGGCUGAAUGAGUGGGUAUUCCAACUCGGUCGUCGACAUCCUAUCGCCCUCAAGGCAUGGUUCACUGCUGGAAGCGUUGUUGCCGCUAUUCUUAUGGUUGGUAGCUCGGCGUACGUCGUGUGGAACGCCAUGGUGCUUGUCGCGCGACAUAUUGUGCAAGUCGACGUUGAGGCACCUCUCCCAACCACAUCUGUGAUGCUUCCUGGUGUGAACAUGCCCCUCCAUGCGAUGUGGUAUUUGUGGAUAGCCAUUUUCCUUGCCGCGUCUUUCCACGAGUUUGGCCAUGCGCUGGCAGCGGCACUCUGCGAGAUUCGCAUGGUGUCGGUUGGUGUGUUCUUAGCGGUUGUGUUUCCUGGCGCAUACGUCCGUUUUGACAGCUACUACAACAUCGGCGUGACGGACCAGAUUAAGAUUCAAAGCGCUGGCAUUUGGCACAACGCGGUGAUGGCCCUCGUGUGCAUGCUGCAGCUUUGGAUUCUUCCGACGCUUCUGUCUCCUUGGUUUGCAACGCACCGAGGUCUUACUGUCACAUCUAUGCCCGAAUUCUCCAACUUUGAAGGCCUUCUCGAUAUUGGCAACGUCAUCGUGUCCAUCGAUCACGCUCCAACUCUGACACUGAGCGCAUGGGAGAAGGAGCUUGCUGUCCUCGCACAAGUUGUCGACCAGCCCAACGCGACGUGGAAACAAGUCGGCUACUGCAUUCCAUUCCUUGAACUCUUACAACAUGGCAACCGGGACGACUCGUCCUGUUGCCACGCAGACAACGGCAACACGGACAGCGCAUUGCAAUGCUUUGCCCAUGGCGACGGCGACGAAUCCACUGGAACGCCACCGCCGGCGCAAAUGGUGUGCCUGGACGGAAAUCGCGUCGGUCAAGUCUCCAUCGCCCGAUGCACACAUGACCUUCCGUGCCAUCAAGACGGCGUUGACAAGAGCUCUCAUGUAUGCGUGCUGCCAAAGAUGCAGGACGGAACAUCGUUGAUCCGUAUUGGUCUCCGGAGCAAUCGCACCCUCGUCGUCCACGGAUACCCCCCAGACCUCCAUGCUGAAUUGCACCUUUCACCCUACUCCCAGCUUGCCCCGGCAACGACGGGUACGUUCUGGUGGCUGUCAUUGCCCACGUGGAUCGAGCGAUUUUGGCAGUUUGUCGGCAAUGUGUCGGGAACGCUGGGGCUCUUUAAUGCUCUGCCCAUUCACCACUUCGAUGGAAGCCACUUGUGUGCGAGUUAUUUGCAGCUCCUGGUCGCAGACGAACCAACGAGGGCUCAAGCUCUAAGCACCAUCCUCAUCGCAGGAGACGUGCUCGUGGUCGUUGCUGGCGUGCUCUCGCUGUGGCCGCUGUAGUGUCCAUGAUUUGCAAUCUCAUUAUUUAAUGGCACAGAAUCCUAAGUGUCCCGGUGGAGAAAGGGGGCUUUCCCACCCGUUUUGGACAGCAACCGCGUUUCUUCGAUGAUCAAAUCGUGAGACAGCGCCUUGCACAUGUCGUAGACGCACAGCGCCGCGAUCGAUGCACCUGUCAGCGCUUCCAUUUCAACGCCCGUGCGACCCGUACAUUUGACGGCGCAUUGGAUGUGGACUGUGCUGUCGUCGUCCUGAACGUGCAACGUCACUUUGCAGUCGUUCAGCGCCAAAGGGUGGCAAAACGGAAUGAGAUCGCUCGUCUUCUUUGCACCCAUGACUCCUGCCAGAAUAGCCGUCGUGAGCACAGGACCCUUCUUGCUCAUGAGCUCUGCGUCGUGGCGGAGGGAGUCAAGGACUCCUGCAGGGAACCGAACAAUACUGCGAGCCACAGCUGACCUUUCUGUGAUGGCCUUCUCGGUAACGUCCACCAUAUUCGGCUGAUUUUCUGGGUUCACAUGCGUCAGUCCAUGCUUGGCACGUCGUGGAAUCGCAGCCCGACCAAGUUGCCGAAGUCGCAGCACAGGGGGGAGUGCCAUGUUGGCUUUGCCUUCUGG